AUGGCACAUUCACAGUCAGUUGGAAUUACACGUUAUCAGGCUAAUACAUUUCAAGAUUUCACGCAAACACACUUAUUCUCACAGUUUACAGAUUACGCUCAACACAAAAUCGGUCUGAUUCCAAUGAUGCACUUCGCCUUCAUAUGGACACUCACUGUGUUGGUUAUCGCCAUAUAUCCAAACGUCAACUGUUUUCCACCGUCGAAUGAUGCUGAAACUGAAGAGUCGAAGAGCGAUUUGACCAUAGGGAUAAACGGAGAGUUGGGGGAGACGUUGCGGAACCAUGAAGGUGAUGCUAGUGAAGCAGCGAAAAGAAAUUUCUGGGAUGAUUGGCUACGUUACAUGGGUCCUUCACAAAUGAGAAACGGAAAGCCGUAUGAACCGCCAAAGUAAUCGUAAAUGUUUUCGUGUCUUAUCUCUUGACGUGAAUGCG